CCUCGAGCCCGUCCCGUCCGCCGGGAGCGCGUUGCAUGGUGUGGGGAUACACGGUCUCGAUAAUAAAUGAUAGAGGAUACAAUGACUUUGCUGUCUCUGCUGGGUCGGAUCAUGCGUUACUUCUUGCUCAGACCGGAGACCCUGUUCUUGCUGUGCAUCAGCCUGGCUCUGUGGAGUUAUUUCUUCCACACGGAUGAGGUGAAAACCAUUGUUAAGUCCAGCAGGGAUGCGGUGAAGAUGGUGAAGGGCAAGGUGGCCGAGAUCAUGCAGAAUGACAGGCUCGGGGGACUGGACGUGCUGGAUGCCGAGUUCUCCAAGACCUGGGAGUUCAAGAGCCACAACGUGGCUGUCUAUUCCAUCCAAGGCCGGAGGGAUCACAUGGAGGACAGGUUCGAAGUAAUCACCGACCUGGUGAACAAGACUCAUCCCUCCAUCUUCGGGAUAUUUGAUGGGCACGGAGGAGAGUCAGCAGCAGAGUAUGUGAAGUCCCGCCUGCCCGAAGUCCUGAAACAACAUCUUCAGGACUAUGAGAGGGACAAGGAGAACAGUGUGAUGUCCUAUCAGACCAUCCUGGAACAGCAGAUUUUAUCAAUUGAUCGAGAAAUGCUGGAAAAAUUGACUGUAUCCUAUGAUGAAGCAGGCACAACUUGUUUGAUCGCCUUGCUGUCAGACAAAGAGCUCACUGUGGCCAACGUUGGUGAUUCGCGAGGCGUGCUGUGCGACAAGGACGGGAAUGCCAUCCCCCUGUCACACGACCACAAGCCCUACCAGCUGAAAGAGAGGAAGAGGAUUAAAAGAGCCGGUGGAUUUAUCAGCUUUAACGGCUCCUGGCGCGUUCAGGGCAUCCUGGCCAUGUCCCGCUCCUUAGGAGAUUACCCUCUGAAGAACCUGAACGUUGUCAUUCCUGACCCCGAUAUUCUCACCUUUGACCUGGACAAACUGCAGCCAGAGUUCAUGAUCCUGGCAUCUGAUGGUCUGUGGGAUGCCUUCAGCAACGAGGAAGCCGUGCGAUUCAUCAAGGAACGCUUGGAUGAGCCACACUUUGGAGCCAAGAGUAUAGUUCUACAGUCAUUCUACAGAGGGUGUCCCGAUAACAUAACAGUGAUGGUGGUGAAGUUCAGGAAUAGCAGCAAAACAGAAGAACAGUAAUUACCAGUGGUUCUUUGCCUCGCCGAACUUAAAACAAACUCUUACAUUUUAAACAUAGUGGAAAGCUCUAGUAAAUCCCAUUAAGAUUCCACACAGAACAGAUUCCUCUGGGCUUUGUUCUUUGCUUAACAAAAGGAGCAAUACAACAAAUACAUUCUGUGUGAUGAUAAGAAUUAAGUUUCUUCACAAGCACCUGUCUCCUGUGACCUUGCUGCUCCUUAGAAGCCAACUGUAAUCUUUCAUUUCAGAAUUUCCUUUACAAAUCCCAUGUAUGCUUUUCAUUUCUCACCUCUCCUUUCUAAAAGGGGUUCGUUCAGACACACGGCAGGGUCAGGGCAGAACUGCUGCUUAAUAGCAAGGAUAGGAAUGAUGUUGCUUUUUCACUCGUAGAUGUGACUGUGUUUCAGAACAAUGCUCUAAUGUUUCUCAUCUCUUUUUUAAUCUGCGCUGAUAAGGUCGUGUUGGAAAAGCUUGUAGUUGUUGGUCUGUUAUGAAGGAGGGAAAGGAGCCAACUGCUAGUCUGUUAUCACAGAACUGGCUCUCACACCUUGUUUUUUCCACCCUCAAUUAAACAAAUCCCUGCCAAGCAUGUGGUCAGGUAUAGCUACUGAAUUACCUGCAGACAGGUUUAUUCAGCCUGUGCAUUCCUUUAAUAACAUUUAUUCUAUGCCAUGUUGUAAUGUUAAGCUCCAUCAAAAUACUCUGAAGUCUGUCACCUUCUCUGUCAAAAAAAUAGCUCUUGUGAUAGAAGAAUGAGUGCCAUUCACUGGGACUCCUUCCUGUUAGGUUCCUGGCAUGGACUUUUCACAGUCAAGUAAGAAAACAAUGCAAGAUAAAAUUAAUUUCAUUAGUAUUUGUAAAACUAAUCAGAGCAGAGUGCUCUAUAGAGCUGCCUAGAUGGAAGCCAUGGCUACGAAAUCUUUGUACCGCUGCAGAUUAAUUUGUGGUUUUAAUCUGGGGGAAGACCACUGUAGGACUGAUUUUUGGCAUAGUGUAUAAAUGCCAGACAGUGUAAUUGCACUGUUCAGUUGAAAGCUUGUGAUAAAUCUAGAUAAAAAUAUUUUUUUAACUUUCAAUAUUUAAUUAUACUUUGGAAUCUGUGACUGUUGUCUAAGCUGUGCAUCUGAUAACUCAGUUGGCUGCUUCACAAGCAAGUGGCAGCAGUGCUGGUGUACAGGACGUGUUUCAGAGGAACACGUCAGGGCUGAGGUAGAUGUUAAUAUUUUGGGUGGCUUGCUUCCCUCUAUUAUGUCCCCUGGGAUUCCUUCCCUUCAAAACAAGGUCCUCUGGAUGAUCCGCUGAUCUCUUGUCCGCAGGGUAGUGGAGGCUCUCAGUCCUUGGGCCCUGAGCUAAAGCAGGGCUGUCACGUGGCAACUGACGCUGUCUGUUUCUUGAAGAUACACAGUCAGUUAGAUGAAAAACUGCCUUGUGCUUAUCACCCACCGGGAGUGUUUUCUGAGAAGGGGGCUUGCUGGUCUCAAAUGCUCUCAUCUGCUGUGGUUGUGCUGGGCAGGUAUGAUAUCUCUCAAGACAGAAAUGAAAGAGCACAAAUUCUGCUUUCCACUCAAGAAAGAAUUCUCAUCGUAAGCCUUUUCAGUUUGAUUUCUAGAUGAUCUCUUCCCUAACAACCUUCCUUUCUUUAGUUUGUUUGGGGAUCUUAGUGACAAGGGCACUGACGGCGCCCUUCCGAUUGUGUUCAUGUCCUUACAUGUCUACAUUCUCUCCUUCAAAACUGUGAGUAGGAUUUUUGGGCUCUGAGUAAUGGUUAAUGCAUGCCAGUGAGCAACAGCAGCAAGAAAGGGUGCAGCGUGCUCUGAUAGCCCCCUGCACUGCCCUCCCCAGAGGAUGGAAGGUUUCAGAUGUUUUUAAUCGCUUGAACAGGACGGACAGCAUUCAGUUAAUUUUAAAUGCAAUUGUGCAGUUAAAUGGAGAGGGUAACAAACGCUAAUAAUUGCAGACUGCUUCGGUUAUUUAAUUUUGAAAUAAGUAUUUGAGGUCAAAUGUUGCAAAAUGAGAACCUUGUGUGGUAUUUUCAUGGGAGUGCUUCCUCAUGGACUCAGUAAUGCUGCAGCAGCAGUAUCAAAACUGUGCUCUGGGCAGAGCUCAUGGUGCGUGUAGCAUUUGCCUUUCCUUUCUCCUUCACAGAUGAUGUUUCUGUUGCACUGGCUUUUCUUUGUAGAACAGAGACUGGAUGUUUGUCAAACAGCUGCCCAGGGAAAAGAAGAAUUAGAUGUAGCAGUUCACAGAAGGCUAAAGCUGAGAAGUUUGUACAGCUGCUACAAAUCCUUCACAGGCUGUAGAGAAGUUGGAAGCAGAACAAUGGUCAGCUCCAAGAAAAAAAUGACAGACUAAUGCCACUUCAGAGAAAAGAUUCUGGCUGCCAGUAAACCUCUCUGCAGCUCACGUUCUCAAGUUGUCAAGUAUUGCUGAGGAAUUGCAGACCUUCUCUGGAGCACGGCUAGCCCUCCGGUUGCUCUACUGAGAUGGAUGGGAAGAGGAGGUGAUGGGAAAUGUGUGCGUUCACAGACUCUGGCAGCUGCCAUGAGGAAGCUGUGGGACAGUGGCACAGUCUAGGAGUAAAGUGGGCUCCUGCAUGGCUUGCUGAAAGGGUUUAAGAAACCCCAGAGUACAGUACAAAACUGUUUUGCAGACUUCAUUCACUCACAUGGCCAUCCAGUCAGUUACUGGAACAGCCCUAUUUCUACCUUUGAGUGUUUGCAGUUGCAACGGCAGUCAAUGUAGCACUUUUAAUUUUCUCUGCAACACUCCCACCUCUUUGGCAGCUCCCUUUUCUGGCUGAAGGUGUUCAGGCCAAUGACCUCUCGUAAGGCUGAAGCUACUUUAGGGCAUGGUGGUGAUGGGUUGAUGGUGGGACUAGCUGAUCCUAGAGGACUUUUCCCACCUUUACUGUGUCCAUGAUUCUAUACUUACAGCUACUUCAGGUUUAAAAAGAUGAAGGACUAAUGAAGAUGACAGGCUUUGUGCAUCUUCCUAAUAUGCAGUGCCUACCCAUGUUACUCAUUAGAGGUCUUCUAAGAAGCUUGCUAAUCUGGUUCUAGGUUUCCAGUCAUGCUGAUUUGUGCCAAAUUCUGUUGUGUCACAUACAGCUGUUGGGUGACAAGAUCAGCUAAUGCACACAGUGCUGUACGGCCUGACAGAUCCCCCACUGCUCUGAUAUACCCCAUCUAUCCUAUGUGCUACAUCUGGAAAGAAAUAUCCCCAGUGUCAGAGCUGAGCAACAGAACGUGGUCCAGCAUUGCAGAGGUAGCAAUUUCCACGCUCCAUCCAGUGCUGCUUUCCUGCCUAGGCUCCUGCCCAAAGAAGGGAUGCACAUUUUGGUUACAUCUCAGAGCUCCCUGAUUCCUGUGUUUGUAAAAGUCUUGUGAUGGUUAAGCCAGAGUAGUUCCAUCGGUGACAUCUGUUCUUCAAGCAGGUGCUGAUAUAUCAAACUGCUGCCAAAGAGCAUCUUUUAUAAGGUCCAAUCCGAAAUAAAGAGCUUAGGCUCUUAAUGCCACUGUAAACAUCAGUGUAGCCCUGUGAUAGAGAUGCUGCCAUGUCGUGUGGAUGACGGACUGGUACGGCCUUAGAAAGGCUGCUCCUCCCGGCAGCGGCAGGGCUUCCAGCGCGGCCAUUGGCGCUCCCGCAGCGGAGGGAAUGCCAGCCGUGGUCUCACAGCGCCGCCCAGCGGCAGGGAUCAGCGGUGAGCCCUGCUGGGCUGCUCUGCUCUGGAAGCGCGUUUGGAAAACGUGAUGUCGGAGUGCGUUGUGCCUUGUGCACAUGUGCGCUGUGAGGUCAAUGCGGACCGUCCUCCCAGCUGCUAAAGCAGCACAGAAAAACACGUGCAGCCAUAGGCAUAGCUAAGAAAUGCAGGCACUUGGUUGCUGAAACUGUGUGAAGCAGCCUGGCAUACCAUAACAAUGCCCUGCAUCCCCUGCCAGCUACUGACUUGUGAACAGAAGGUCAGUACCAACACUACUGCUAAUAUUACAGCAUGAUGCCUUUUACAUGCAGUAGAAUGAAAGUUGUGCAGAUUUUAGAGUACAGAAGGCCGUUAACUUAAACACCACAUCAGCCUGAAGUAACAGUGCUUGCUGCAUUACGUCACCUCAGAAUAUACGACACCCUCGCUUUAUAUACUAUUAAUCUACCGCUAGUGUCUCUAAUAAUUACUUGAUAUAGAGAAACAUUUCAUGAAGGCUUAUAUCAAAGUAAAAACCCAGCUCGUCAGCUUGCAUUCUAGGCAGUAAGUUUUUAGGCCUCUAUCCUGCAAUCUGGCCAUACAAAACUGUGAGAUUAGAAGCUAGAAAAUUCUGCUGAAGUUUGACAACCAUUCAGACCAGAGCUGCUGCCCCUCAGUGCUGUCCACGUUUAACUUACCUUUCUAAAUCUGUGGAGUCAUAUCCAAUGCUACCUAAUGAGAUAUUCACAAUUAAAUCUGUAUUGAUUUGAAUUUUAGUUACCUUAAUUUAUAUAGUACCAACAGGCUUGGGUAAGCAGCAGCUUUAAAUCCAGUUUUGCCCUAGGUAGCAGUGUCCUGGGCAUCAGUUUGUCUCUGGUUAUACAGAUGUUUUAGAUGUAUUUUGCUCUGUUAAGCAAAACGUGUGCUGCCAAAGCAGUUGAAGUUUGUCUAAAGCCAUAAAUAGAAGGUUAAGUCAAGAGCAAAUCUUAACUAACGUUUUGAAAUCCACGUUUAUGAGCAGGUCGGCUCCUAUAUCUGAUAUUAAGGAUGAACUCUAAACUGGUUGAGCAAUAGGGAAAUGAAGCACUUGGUCCUGCACGUAAAGGACUGGCCGUGUCUGAAGCCUGUGGGGACAGUUAGCACUUCUUGGGACAAAGAUGCUCAGCAUUCCACUUCAGCCUGGAUUCCAGCAAGCUAAACAAGCCAUCAGUUUCAGUGUUACAGAGAUGUAGAUGUGGGACUGUCAAACAUUGCUCUGUGCAUUCCUGCACUGUAGUCAGGGGGGUGAGAGUACUGCAGGUGCACUUUAACUGCAUGAGCUUUAAUCCUGGAAACAAGAACUGUCAUGAAGUCAGGCUGGACAGGCUGGCAGUCAAAUUCCUGCUCAGCACCCCAGCAAGCAAGGCUGUGCAAAUGCCUCCUCCACUGAUAGACUGUGACUGCAAAACCACUGCUACCCACAGUGCUUGGAAGCGCUCUCAAAGAACAACAAACUAAUUAGGAAAAUGAACUGCACAUGAGGAUUCUGUAAGGGCAGUGCAGAUGUUUCUUAGAGAAAAGCCCACAGAGCAGAACACACAAGAUAAGAAAAUCACAAUGUUUAAGCAAUUUGUCUCAGCGAAGGCAGCUUCCAUUGAGCGUAACAGUGCUGUUUUAUCUUACAGGAGAGCCUCUUCAGGCUUCUUUUUAACAUUUUUUCUCUCAAAGCCAGAAGUGUUCUUAAGAUUACAUCUUCACUGCAAGCUCGGAGGAGACUGCACUUUCCUCUUGCUUUAAGGACCACCACAACCAAAGCAUUACUGAGAGGAGCAGACAGGGCUUCAGGCUGUCGUCCCAGUCAGGCUGCAGGCUGGGAUGCACACAGCAGCCACACGCCAUCGUCACUCACUAUAAAAAAACUUCGUUCAGGUCAUUGGGAUUAAUGAAGCCUGGAAAAUUAAUGAGCUGCGUAGCAACUGUCAGAAGGCUGGAGGUAAACAGCGCUUAGAGACAGAAACUGUCCCAGCAGAGGUCACCCGGGGUGAACUCUGUGUUUUAAAGGCUUGUUUGACUGGAGGACAACUAAGUCCCAGAGCCCCAGCACUGCAGGUGGCCAGAGAGCCUGCUUUGGCACGGGUUGGACUAGAUGAUCUCUGGAGGUCCCUUCCAGCCCCUACAGUUCUGUGAGUCUGGGUGACUCUGUGAAACUGUGCUAUAAAACACAUUUCCUCCUAGUUGCAGGUUUGUACGGACUAGCUGAGAAUCAUGUAACAGUAUUUCAAGGAGAGAAACUACUGAGAAAGCGAUUUUUAGAAACCCAGUACGUGGACAGGGGGAAGGGGUGAGUUCUGUUUGCUUUUUACAAGCUUAGGUUUCCUUAGAGUAAGGACUCAGUUACACAUAACCACGAAACAAACCAUCUGCCUUGCUUCACUUGAACUCUGUUUGCUUUCCUUCUUACACGGAGCACAUUUGGGUAUGGCAAAGCACAGCAACUGCUUUAAAACUCUCUGCAGUCUAUGAGCAUCAUCUCUUACCCCAACACCUCUGCCUUAUGCAGGCUGUAGACAAAGCAGCCCAAAUGGCACACGCCAGUCAAAAAAUAGAGAUGAAAAACAGGGGGUAGAGCUCUGCCUCCCAAACGCCCUUGGCGUGUCUAACAUAUCUGGCAGACAGAUCAGGAAUUCAGUGUUGCAGUCUGAUUAACCUCCAGUCAGUUUCUAGUUUAAUUUGAAAGAAAUAGGAUAAAUUUACAUUAUUUUAAUGUGCAUCCAGAUGUUGAGCUCCUUACUGCUAAGACACUUCAAUGCAAGUUCAUUGUAACUAGACGAUGUAAAACAUAGAUGCUUCAAACUAAGUCAUCUUAAUGCUGAAGUGACUACAGAGAACAAGGCCUCUGAAUCUGCACACUGCUUCCUGACUGAAUUGAACAGCACCUUGAACCAUUUUGACUUACAGACUCCUAUGGACGCUGCACAGGAUUGGCACUGUACACCGUAAGCUCCUCUUGCUAUGCACCCAGAAGCAGUUUCCAAACAUCUUUGUCCAACCAAUUAUUCCACUUUUCAAGAUAGAAAGCCCCCAGUUUUCAUAUUAAAAUCACAGUUCCUUGGAAUCCUUCUUGAAUAUGGUUGAGACUUGCGUGCAUAAGGCUCUUAGGAUGUGGAAAAAAUUUAGCCUAUAGUUCGUGAUUCAUUUUCUGUAAACUGCUUUAAGCAGAUGCUAUGAAAUUUGCACCCACUGCUGACUGAAAUACUGACAUGACUCCCCAAUGGUUUUUUUUACCUCUUGCAUGGCAGCUCACACCAGACUCUCCCAGUAGUUGCUUUAAGCAGACGUGUGACCUUAGUUAUGCAUUAUUACAGUCCUUUAAGCAAUAAUAAGGUUGGGUUCAAAUAUGAAUUGUAUCUGGGAAUGAGUUUUUACAAAAAACUCGAGCGCAGAUUCAGUAAUGCUUUACAGUGCAACCUUCUUGCAGAAUUGAUGUCAUCUGAAGUUACGGUGUCAGGUGGCAUAAGAGAUGGCCGUUGCAAACCUGCAUCUGAGAAAGCAGAAGCCCUGUAGUUCUGGAGCACCAACAUGACAGUGCUGGCUUGGUGACACGCACACUUUUCCUGCAGUGCUGUGCAGCCAUUUCUCCACCACAGGCGUUUUGCUCUCACCAGGAGCGCUGUCUGCUCUCCCUGCCCAGCUGCUGAAUGUUGCACAGUCUUUCACAGUCACGUUCUUUUUGAAGAAGCAAUACAAACUGUACUGUGGUGCCAGUGCUCUUGUGCGAAACCAUUUAUUUCUAAGCAUGUAACAUGGCAGGCGUGAAAGCAAAACAAGAAGGCUUUUUUAUUUCCACGUAGAAACAACCAACAAACAGUUCACAUUGCUGACAGAGCUCCCUGGAGCUGAGCGCAGUGCUACCAACCGUGGAGCCCAAACCCAGAGGAACAGCUGCAGCUUCCUCUGCUUCAGGAGCCACCUGGCAUUCUUUCCUCAGUUGUGCAAUACUGUAUCUUUAGCUAUUAGUUUAACAGCAGCAACAAAAUCCAAUUUUGAAAAACUUUGACCUUCUUGGCAAACAUUCUUAGAACACUGAAGUCUGAAGUACUUGUCUAGACAAUAUUCUCUCCAAGACAUCAUUUUUGUAUUUCAAAAAGUAAUGUCCUAUAACUCCACUGUAAAACCAUGUACAGUUACGGAAAAGACAGAAGUCAGUACUGACCGUUACCACAAUGUAACAAAAGCAUUGGUGAAACCUCAGCCUGGGUACUGGAGGUUUCUGCACCUCUUCUAAUUUGUCUCUAAGAGACUAUCUGAAAGACAGCCAAAUGUAAAUACGUCGUAACGUUAGCUGGAGAACAAAAGGUGGCAGUGCUCUGUCAUUCUAGAUGUACAGGAUGUAACUACAGUAUCUUCACUGUGUAUUAGAUGUGUCUAGGAUAAUUGUUCAUGCAAUUGCAAAUUCUGUAUUGCUGUCAAUUAAAAGUGUAAACUACUGAAACCUUGGCCUUGCUGGUAUGAAUAAAGUGGUUAAAAUACCCAUCUUUACAGA